GGACUGCCCAAUCCUCCUCAACUCAGUAAAGAUGGGGAUAUACUGAUUGGUGGAAUCUUUUCCUUCCAUAGCAAAUGGGAGCAGCCAGCACAAACUUUCAUAUCAGGACCCAAAAAAGGAGAAUGCACACGUUCAAGUUUGAACCUGAAAGAAUUUCAAAGUGCACAAACAAUGGUCUUUGCAAUUGAAGAAAUCAACAACAGAAGUGAUAUUCUUCCUGGCAUCAGUUUGGGUUAUAAAAUCUAUGAUGCAUGUGUAUCAGUUGAAAUAACCACAAGAGCUGCCUUGUCCUUAGUCAAUGGUCAUGGAGAAAAUACAACUUCAGUGCACUGCUCUAAACCUGACACUGUUCAAGCAAUUAUAGGACAAUCAUCAUCUACCCCGACUAUUGCCAUCUCUACUACAGUGGGACCAUUGCACAUUCCUGUGGUUAGUCACAUUGCAUCAUGUGCAUGCCUGAGUGAUAGAAAAAAACACCCAUCUUUCUUCAGAACGAUUCCAAGUGAUUACCACCAGAGCAGAGCUUUGGCAAAGCUCGUCAAACAUUUUGGAUGGACCUGGGUGGGGGCCGUGUGCAGUGAUAAUGACUAUGGGAAUAAUGGCAUAAGUGCAUUUAUUAGUGCUGCCAAAGAAGAGGGAAUCUGUAUUGAGUAUUCCAAAGCAUUUAUUAAGACAGACUCCAGAGACAAAAUUCUCAAUGUAGUUGAAAUGAUCAAGGCUUCAACCUCCAAAGUGAUUGUAGCUUUUGUUGUAUACUCUGACUUUGGUUUUCUUUUGAGGGAAAUGGUCUUGCAGAACAUGACUGGGUUUCAGUGGAUUGGAAGUGAGUCCUGGAUCUCCGAUUUAAAUACUUCCAAAGCUGAAUGGAAACAUAUUCUGAAAGGUUCUGUGGGUUUUGCUAUCCCAAACACUAAAAUCAAUAGCCUGGGGUCUUUUCUGAGUAAGCUUAAUCCAAUGUCUGAUGUAGCUAUUUACAAAGAGUUAUGGGAGACCAUAUUUGAUUGUAAGUUUCCUACAGAAGACAAUUCUGAGCUUAAACGAUUGUGCAAGGGCAAUGAAAGUCUCAGUCAUGUUCAAAACAUUUAUACAGAUGUAUCAGACUUGCGAGUUGCAAAUAAUGUUUACAAGGCUGUGUAUGCUGUAGCUUAUGCCCUACAUAACAGUUAUGGAUGUUCAGAGAUGGACAGUGGGCAAGAAGGUGCUCAGGUGUGUACAAUCCUAGCAGAACACCAGCAAACCUGGAAGAUAGUGAAUGAGUUGAAGAAAAUCCGUUUCACAACUACAACAGGAGAAGAUGUAUUCUUUGAUGAGAAUGGAGACCCAGCAGCACGUUAUGAUGUGCUGAACUGGCAGCAAGGUAACGAUGGUAAAACAGUAUUUGUUAAAGUGGGCUUCUAUGAUGCCUCUCUGCAAACACACCUUCAGCUGUCAAUUAACAACAACAGCAUAGUCUGGGCCCACAACAAAACAGAGGUGCCAGUCUCUGUGUGUAGUCCAAGUUGUCCCCCAGGCACCAGGAAGGCUGUACAGAAAGGAAGGCCAAUUUGCUGCUUUGACUGUAUACCAUGUGCAGAGGGAGAAAUCAGUAAUAUAACAGAUGCUAUAUCUUGCAUCAAGUGCCCACCUGAACUGUGGUCUAAUGACAAGAAAGAUACCUGUGUCUUAAAGCUUGUGGAAUUCCUGUCAUUUGAGGAAAUAAUGGGAAUCAUUCUUGUAUCAUUUUCUUUGUUAGGAGCUUUGUUUACUAUCUGCAUUGCUUUAACUUUUUUUAAACACAAGGACACACCAAUUGUUAGAGCAAAUAAUUCUGAGCUGAGCUUCCUGCUGCUCUUCUCUCUGACUCUGUGUUUUCUCUGUUCAGUCACAUUCAUUGGUCAGCCCUCUGAGUGGUCCUGUAUGCUGCGCCACACAGCAUUUGGGAUUACCUUUGUCCUCUGUAUCUCCUGUGUUCUGGGGAAAACUGUAGUGGUGUUAAUGGCCUUCAGGGCUACACUUCCAGGAAGUAAUGUCAUGAAAUGGUUUGGGCCUCUACAGCAGAGACUCAGUGUACUCGGCUUCACGCUUGUACAGGUCAUUAUUUGUAUACUUUGGUUAACAAUAUCUCCUCCUUUUCCCUACAAAAAUAUGAAAUACUACAAGGAAAAGAUUAUAUUAGAAUGUCAUGUAGGCUCAGUUAUUGGUUUCUGGGCUGUUCUGGGUUAUAUAGGACUUUUGGCCCUUUUGUGUUUUAUCUUGGCUUUUCUGGCCCGGAAGUUGCCUGACAAUUUCAAUGAAGCCAAAUUCAUCACAUUCAGCAUACUUAUAUUCUGUGCAGUUUGGAUCACAUUUAUUCCUGCUUAUGUCAGCUCUCCUGGAAAAUUCACCGUAGCUGUAGAGAUAUUUGCUAUUUUAGCAUCAAGCUUUGGUUUAUUAUUCUGUAUAUUUGUUCCAAAGUGUUAUAUAAUUAUACUGAAACCAGAGAAGAAUACAAAGAAGCAAAUGAUGGGUAAAGCAUCUGUGAAUUGA